GCGGCCGCGCGGGGCCUGUGGGAAGCGGAGUGACGGAGCGAGCGGCUGUUGGAGGAAGGAGGUGGGGGCCGGGAGCGCAAAUGGCGUUGAGAUGGUUCAGGGCCCUGUUCAAACUCCAGCGCUGACCAUUCACUGGCGGAAGCGGCGGCGUAGGAGGCGGUGGCGGCCCAGUGGGGGCACGUAGCGGGCUCCGGCACCAGCUCCGGCGGCGGCGGCGGCCAGGGAGGGCUAGGCCCGGGCCCGGCCGGCGGCGCUCGAGGCGGGGAGGGAAGUUGCGGGGCCGCCGCUCCUCCCCCCCUCCAGCGGGCUUCCUAUUUACCGAAAGCGGAGCCCCUUGCCUCCCUUGGCGCUCCAGCCGGUCCUGCUCUCCGGCGCGGGGCUCCCGCGUCCGCCCGUGGGCCGUUGGGAGCGGGAGAGGCGGAGGCGGCCCGUGGCCAAAGCACCCGCCAGGCGCCGAGGAGAAUAUGAAACAGGUGUCAAAAUGACAUCCAGAUUUGGGAAAACAUACAGUAGGAAAGGAGGAAAUGGCAGUUCAAAAUUUGAUGAAGUCUUUUCCAACAAACGGACAACCCUUAGCACAAAAUGGGGAGAGACCACAUUUAUGGCUAAAUUAGGGCAGAAGCGACCCAAUUUCAAACCAGAUAUCCAAGAAAUUCCGAAAAAACCUAAAGUGGAAGAAGAAAAUACUGGAGAUCCUUUUGGAUUUGAUAGUGAUGAUGAGUCCCUACCAGUUUCUUCAAAGAAUUUAGCCCAGGUUAAGGGUUCCUCUUAUUCAGAAUCUAGUGAAGCUGCUCAGCUGGAAGAAGUCACUUCAGUACUUGAAGCUAAUAGCAAAAGCAGUCAUGUGGUGGGUGAAGACAGUGUUGUAUCUGAUAAAUGCUUACCUUUGGAGGAUACUUUGCUUGGGAAAGAAAAGAGCACAAACCGAAUCUUAGAAGAUGAUGCAAGCAUAAGUAGCUGUGCUAAAUUAAUGACUUCAGAAAAGAUGGAGAAUUUUCGCGAAGAACAUGAAAAGAAUAGUCACCACAUUCACAAAAAUGCUGAAGACAGUACUAAGAAACCCAGUGCAGAAACUACAGCAGCUUCUGGAUAUAAAGCUGAUGAAAUCAAAGAAACAAAUGACACUUGGAACUCCGAGUUUGGGAAAAGGUCUGAAUCUCCAUCAGAAAUAUCUCCAGUCAAGGGAUCUGUCAGAACUGGUUUGUAUGAAUGGGAUAAUGAUUUCGAAGAUAUCAGAUCAGAAGAUUGUAUUUUAAGUUUGGAUAGUGAUUCCCUUUUGGAGAUGAAGGAUGAAGAUUUAAAAAAUCGAUUGGAAAAUCUAAAUGAAGCCAUUGAGGAAGACAUUGUGCAAAGUGUUCUUAGACCAAGCAAUUGUAGGACGUACUGUAGGGCCAAUAAAGCAAAAUCCUCACAAGGAGCAUCAAAUUUUGAUAAGCUAAUGGAUGGCACCAGUCAGGCCUUAGCCAAAGCAAACAGUGAAUCAAGUAAAGAUGGCCUGAAUCAGGCAAAGAAAGGCGGUGUAAGUUGUGGGACCAGUUUUAGAGGGACAGUUGGACGGACUAGAGAUUACACUGUUUUACAUCCAUCUUGCUUGUCAGUUUGUAAUGUUACCAUACAGGAUACUAUGGAACGCAGCAUGGAUGAGUUCACUGCAGCCACUCCUGCAGAUUUGGGAGAAGCUGGUCGUCUCAGAAAAAAGGCAGAUAUUGCAACUUCUAAGACCACUACUAGAUUUCGACCUAGUAAUACUAAAUCCAAAAAGGAUGUUAAACUUGAAUUUUUUGGUUUUGAAGAUCAUGAUGAGACAGGAGGUGAUGAAGGAGGUUCUGGAAGUUCUAAUUACAAAAUUAAAUAUUUUGGCUUUGAUGAUCUCAGUGAAAGUGAAGAUGAUGAAGAUGAUGACUGCCAAGUGGAAAGAAAGACAAACAAAAAAAGAACUAAAACAGCUCCAUCACCCUCCUUGCAGCCUCCCCCAGAAAGCAAUGAUAAUUCCCAGGACAGUCAGUCUAGUACUAAUAAUGCAGGUAAGAAUUUUUUAAAAAUUACAAUAAGUACAUCACCUACAAAAGCUGUAUAUAAUGCCAGACAUUGGAACCAUCCAGAUUCGGAAGAACUGCCUGGACCACCAGUAGUAAAACCUCAGAGUGUCCCAGUGAGGCUGUCUUCAAAGGAACCAAAUCAAAAAGAUGAUGGAGUUUUUAAGGCUCCUGCACCACCAUCCAAAGUGAUAAAAACUGUGACAAUACCUACUCAGCCCUACCAAGAUAUAGUUACUGCUCUGAAAUGCAGAAGAGAAGACAAAGAAUUAUAUACUGUUGUUCAGCAUGUGAAGCACUUCAAUGAUGUGGUGGAAUUUGGUGAAAAUCAAGAGUUCACUGAUGACAUCGAGUACUUGUUAAGUGGCUUAAAGAGCACUCAGCCUCUAAACACACGUUGCCUUAGUGUUAUUAGCUUGGCUACUAAAUGUGCCAUGCCCAGUUUUCGAAUGCACCUGAGAGCACAUGGAAUGGUAGCAAUGGUCUUUAAAACCUUGGAUGAUUGCCAGCACCAUCAGAAUCUAUCCCUCUGUACAGCUGCCCUUAUGUAUAUACUGAGUAGAGAUCGCUUGAACAUGGAUCUUGACAGAGCUAGCCUAGAUCUAAUGAUUCGACUUUUAGAACUGGAACAAGAUGCUUCAUCAGCUAAGCUACUGAAUGAAAAAGACAUGAACAAAAUUAAAGAAAAAAUCCGAAGACUCUGUGAAACUGUGCACAACAAGCAUCUUGAUCUAGAAAAUAUAACGACUGGGCAUUUAGCUAUGGAGACAUUACUGUCCCUCACUUCCAAACGAGCAGGAGACUGGUUUAAAGAAGAACUCCGGCUUUUGGGUGGUCUGGAUCAUAUUGUAGAUAAAGUUAAAGAAUGUGUGGAUCAUUUAAGUAGAGAUGAGGAUGAAGAGAAACUAGUAGCCUCCUUAUGGGGAGCAGAGAGAUGUUUACGAGUUUUAGAAAGUGUAACAGUGCAUAAUCCAGAGAAUCAAAGUUACUUGAUAGCAUAUAAAGAUUCACAACUCAUUGUUUCAUCAGCUAGAGCAUUGCAGCAUUGUGAAGAACUGAUUCAGCAGUAUAAUCGUGCUGAAGACAGCAUAUGCUUAGCUGACAGUAAGCCUCUGCCUCACCAGAAUGUAACCAACCAUGUGGGCAAAGCAGUGGAGGACUGCAUGAGGGCCAUCAUUGGGGUGUUGCUCAAUUUAACUAAUGAUAAUGAGUGGGGCAGCACCAAAACAGGAGAACAGGAUGGCCUCAUAGGCACAGCGAUGAACUGUGUGCUUCAGGUUCCAAAGUACCUACCUCAGGAGCAGAGAUUUGAUAUUCGAGUGCUGGGCUUAGGUCUACUGAUUAAUCUAGUGGAGUAUAGUGCUCGGAAUCGGCACUGUCUUGUCAACAUGGAAACAUCGUGUUCUUUUGAUUCUUCUUUCUGUAGUGGAGAAGGAGAUGAUAGUUUAAGAAUAGCUGGACAAGUUCAUGCCGUUCAGGCUUUAGUGCAGCUAUUCCUUGAACGAGAACGAGCAGCCCAGUUGGCCGAAAGUAAAACAGAUGAGUUGAUCAAAGAUGCUCCCACCACUCAGCAUGAUAAGAGUGGAGAGUGGCAAGAAACAAGUGGAGAAAUACAGUGGGUGUCAACUGAAAAGACUGAUGGUACAGAAGAGAUACAUAAGAAGGAGGAGGAUGAUGAAGAACUUGACCUCAAUAAAGCCCUUCAGCAUGCUGGCAAACACAUGGAGGAUUGCAUCGUGGCCUCCUACACGGCACUACUUCUCGGGUGUCUCUGCCAGGAAAGUCCAAUCAAUGUAACCACUGUGCGGGAAUAUCUGCCAGAAGGAGACUUUUCAAUAAUGACAGAGAUGCUCAAAAAAUUUUUGAGCUUCAUGAAUCUUACUUGUGCUGUUGGAACAACGGGCCAGAAAUCUAUCUCUAGAGUGAUUGAAUAUUUGGAACAUUGCUAGCUGCUUUCCCUUUGCUUCAGGUGCUCGGUAAUGCUGGAGCUAUCCUUAGACAAAGAAAAGUCACGAAAGAAGUCCUUGAAGAUAUACCGAGAACAUUCAUCAGUAUCAUUCAUGUUUGGAUUUUUAAGACCACCUGAUUUCUUCGUCAUGCAUUCUGCAUUUGCUAAAUGACAGUUACUACAUCAAUCUGCAACUAUCAAAAAUGAGGGAAAAGGUUCAGGCUGUUAACAAUUCCAUGCAGUAUUUAAAUACAUUUACUUUGGCAGAGUUUAUACCCUCCCCUUGUUUUCUUGCUUUAUUCUGGGCAAGAUUUAAGGGGAAAAUUUGUGCUGCUGUUAGUGCAACUGCUGUGUAUGUUGAGCCACUGUUGUCAUGCCAGCCAGGUGCAAAGGCAGCUUAGCUACUGAGGUAUCGAAUGUUCUGAGGACAUUCUAGACAACAGCUUAGUUCCUUUUUCAGGCUCAUUUGCUUUUGCUUUUUUGUUGAAUGAUUCCAAUCGUAAAUAAAGCUUUUAAUAAUUUUGUGAAUUUUUUGGUUGUUGUUCCCUGAGCUACUGUCUAUAUUUAAAAUUAGAUGGAAUCCAAAGACACAAGGGAUUAAUAGUAUAUUUUUUUAUUCUUGAUUAGGUUUGGGUUAUUGAACUGUUUUUCACUUUUGUGACCACAACCAUAUUCAAUAUCAUACCAUAAUGUGUCAUAGCUGUAGACACAAGAAAACAAAUCACAGUCGAGGGAAUAUUAUAUAAGAUGAUGUGCCCUGUUAAAGGAGUGAGCAAAAUAAACAAACCCAGGGUAGUUUACACUUAAUGCUAGAGAGGCUCUUGAAACAUUAAGUUAUGAGGGAGGAUUCUCUAGAUAUAUUUUCUAAUGUUCAAUACAAUAAAUAUAAGGAAGCUAAAACACCAAUGUGGAAUUCAUGUUUCCAGAUAACAUGUAUAUUCUUCUAUAGAAUGACAGGAUCAAUUGCAUAAGCGCAAAGCCUUAAAUUGCUGGUUUAGAGAAGACCCUUUUUUCAUUCAGAUUCUUUGUUCAUAGAACAGUUGUUUGAAAAAGCAGUUAUGGAACACACAAAAUAUUUUAUAGACUUAAUUUUAUGACAUUGCAAAUUUUUCUUCUAUUAUUGUUCAGACCACUGGUUAUAUGGUUUUUUCUUUUUUUAUUGAUUGGGCCUGAAUACAGGCUUUUUAGAGAGAUGUUUCAUGAAUACUUUUAAAUACCUUUCAGGUAGUUACAUCAUGUUUCUUCAUUGGAUUUGUAAAACUUAAAGCCAUAAAAAUAUUAGUUUGGUGUGUAUUGGGGAAAAUAGCUUAAAGUCUAAUUUUUACCCAUUUAGACUUUGUUAUUUCCUUGUAUAAAGUGACAAAUCGGGGCUCUUGUAUCAGUGCCAGCUGUAAUGUUUUUUGAUGCAGUGGCUGCCUUCUAUUGUCUUCCUAUUUUUGAUAAUGCAGAUUGUUGGGAAAUCUAUAAGGAAGUAACUGAUUCCAGGCAAAUUGUUUUCUUCUUCCUUCAACCCACCCCAACCCCUACCCCUUCACCUUUUAAGAACAUAGUAUACCAGUGUAACGUGGGAAAGAUUGAGAUUGUAUUUGCCCUGAGUAUAAAAGCUAGCUUAGCAAACUAUUUUAAAAGCAUAUUGGUAUGUGAUACCCAUAAAAUUAAAUUAGUUAGAUGUUUUAAUUAUUUUAAAGUACAUUGAUAUUUAUUAAUCAUUGGCUUUAGGAAAAGGAACAGACUUGGUAAAACUGACUUGGCAAACGGUGAGGAUAUUAUGAAACAUUUGGAUGAGAACAAUCAGGGUGAACUACAUUUUUCUGUUACACUGGUAAUCAUUUGAGAAUUGAUUUACCUCAGUGUUUAACAGUUUUUUUGUUUUAUUUUGUUUCUUAAAUAAUAACUAAUUGUCAAGCACUGAUAGAGAUGCAGAUUUUGGUGGGGGGAGGCGGUGGGGGAGAUACCACCUCACCAACUGUAGUGCAUUUGUGUGUUUUUAACCCUCAGAGAACUCUGCAUUUUAGGGUACUUGAGGCUGACUUGCAAAUUAACUAAAGUUUUAAAGUAACCUUUUUUUUCCAUUGUAAAUAUUUCUGUAAAUACUACCAAUUGGAAAUUAGAACAGUAGAGUACUUUUCUGAAUCCAAUCCUAUUUUUAUUUUAUACAGUAUUUCCCAGCUAUGAUCUUUGGAUCAAAUGCCAACAGCUGGAAAAAAUAGUUUGUACCAGUUUCAUGAAGUAUGUCUUUGGGUUUUUGUAAAUAAUUUUAACUCAAAUAAAAUUGCUACUUUCAAUA